CAAUAUUCAGGCUGCCAACGAGCGCUCACGACAUCGGUCCUCGUGGAAUAUUCGCGGCCCGGUCGCCGCUAUGCAUUGCAAACAUGUCUGGGUAAGUAAUGAACUGGAGCGAGACUCCUGUAGGACUUGCAGUGCUUCCCUUGCAUAAUUACUCCACAAAAAUCUGUUUUACUUGACCAAGAAAUGCGCAGCGUUUUUUCUUCGUGCGAUGAAAAUGCAGUCAUCAUGUGGAACAGGAAGCGCCGUCUUGAUCGUGCACAAUUCAACAUGACGCUGACGAGAGCUUUGCUUUUAUUCCUUCAGAGAAACUCAGGCAGAUCUGCAGUUCAUAGCCGUUGCUCUGAUUAUGUUUCCGACGCCGGACGUAUCAAAUGUAAAAGUGUCUGGGUCUGGAAGGAUGUAACUUGUGAUGCGCAUUUCAGAACACACAAAAAUCUCUGAUGCAUAGGCAACAAGGCUGCUCACUUUCUGUCACCAAAAUGGGGGCUUGUCAUGCGGAUUCGGCAUUGCGGAGGCUUCUCGGAACCUGUGAUGCUAGAGCUUCCAUGCCAGACCUUCUGUGUCAUGCAAAAACAGCAUGACUCUUCCAGACCCAGACACUUUUACAUUUGAUAAGACGCCAAGGCACUCUUUCAUUCGUCGACGCAGUGGAAGAAGGUCCACAACAUUCUGUUCGGGCAGAAGGGAAAGCAAUUGGAAGAGAUCGUGAGCACAUUCGUGACAGCGGAAACGUCAAAGUCAAAACCAAUUGGAAGAUUUCCGAGAAAGCCAAGUCAAAAUCUAUCCCACUUCGCUGUCCUCGUUCACAACUGGUUUAACUACAACGGAUCAGUUUAUGGGAGUGCCAGAUUCGAAAUCGAUAAAGUUGAAACGACUUGCAAUGUAUAAAAUCGAUACAACAACUACCAGUUGGAGCCACAGUUUCGCAUGACGGAUUUUGGGAGCACGCAGAUCCAGGGUGUCGUGCUGUUUGGGGCAAGGAGGGCUGCUUUUGUCAUGCUCCUUCGCAGCCCUACUCCUUUAACGCUGUACCACCCGGCGCAGAAUAGAAAGUUGACCAAAUGUUGACGGAUUUGUGACGGACAGGGUUUUUGAAAGUGGGGCGCUCUUCAGAUGCACUCGGUGGCGUCGCAGGAGCUAUCUCAGCAGUGCCUUCGGGUCAUUCUCUUCCGCGUCACAGCCUCACCGCGGUAAUGCGUUGACUACGCCCUACGUGGGUACAUGGAGCAGCGCACUACCCUGGUGCGGGCGCCAUAGACUUCAGCUUUGGCUAGGCGCCGAAGCAAGGUCGAGGCCUACGUGGUGGUCUGGGGAUGGCAAAUGUGGCAGUAGCCUGAUGUGGGAUGAUUUGGGAUGGAAGUCGUCAACUUUGAAUGGCUUUCAGCCUUUCGAAAUGGAGAUCACCCAUUUGAAAUGGCGAUCAGCCAUUUGAAAUGGAGAUCAUCCAUUUGUGACGAAGAUCAACCAUUUGUGACGAAGAUCAACAAUUUGUGACGGAGAUCAACAAUUUGUGACGAAGAUCAGUGGGCCUGAUCCGAUUUGUGACGAAGAUCAUGGCCUCUGUUCAGAAUUUGUGACGGAGGUCAGAAUUAGGUCUGAUUUGGGUCAGAAAUCCUGUCCCUAUAUUACAUUCUGGAUUUCUGACCUAAAUCUGACCGAACUCUGAUCGCCGUCACAAAUUGACGAGAUCGGUGCUAAAGUGAGAAAGAUAGCGCUUUCCUCGUCGCGGGCGCGGUGUUUUCGCCCUCGGGACUCUCCCCAUGCCCGUUCGGCCGGUUGUGUUUUUGCGCUUGCCGGUCGAGUAGCUGGCAUGGGCGAAAAUUUCUCGUCGCCGGCCCUCCGGGCCGUCGACGGUCUUGCGCUUUGUGUCUGCAGCGCAUGUUGGCCUUUCUUUUACGUGGCGACCCACCUGUUGCCGCUUCGCAGCGACUGCGGUCCGGUUUUUAGUCCCCCCGGCCGAACUAGGUGCAAGCGGGUGCUUGCCGGGUAAUGCUUUGGGAAGUGAUGCCUUUAUUUUCUCAGCAGGCCUUGGAAGGUCAAGCUCAAGGUCAAGCUCAAGGCUGCUUUUGUCAUGCUCCUUCGCAGCCCUACUCCUACCUGCGACUUUAUAUCUACUAGCCCCUUAGACGCCGGCGUCCAGGACGCCGGCUGGGGCUAGUAGCUUGAAAAAUAAUUCUACACAUGGAGCGCAAACGCUCAUGCUUGGUUAGAAGGUGGAGGCAUGGCACAGACAGAGAUAGGCACAAAAGGCACCAGUAUUCGCCUCAGAAGAAGGGGGAGGCGGUGCCGCAAGAGAAAGCAAAAGCAUAGCGAGGACAGAUUACACGGACCCACACACGACCUUCCGGCGCGCCCCCCCGCGGGACUGGUGCGGCUUUGCUUUGUGCAUGGGCUGCCUCGAGGGAGAUUGAUGCGCCUGGGCCGGCCUGCGCUUGCCCUAGCGGCCUCGCCGCUUUAGCGCUUUUGCGGUCCGGCGUCCAGGACGCCGGCCCGGCGUCAGCCCCUUUUGCGCGCCUGGCAAGCAAAGCAAAGGGGGCCAGCCGCAAGGGUUAUUUUGGGGAGGCUUUGGCGGCCGGCUGGCUUCACUUUUGGCCGCCCGGAAAGUGACAGCCAAAAGUGAUAGCCAAGGAGUUCCGGGCCAUCACUUUUGCCCGAGCGAAAAACGAUGCCCACGAAGCUCUUGGCCAUCCCCUUUGCCCUGCGGGCGGAAUUAAAAUGAUGGCCAGCGAGCUCUCGGCCAUCACCUUUGCCCGGCCACCAAAGAAAAGUGAUGGCCAUCCAGGGCGCUCUUGGCCAUCGCUUUGCUCGCCCGGGCGAAAACUGAUGGCCAAGGAGCUCGCGGCCAUCAUUUUUGCCCGAGCGAGAAGUGUGUGAUGGCCAAGGAGCUCCGGGCCAUCGCUUUUGCCCGACCGGAAAGCGAUGGCCAAGGGGCUCUCUGCCGUCACUUUUUCCCGGCCGGGAUGGAAGUGAUGGCCAAAAGCAAAUAAGCGACGGCCAAGAAGCUCUUCUUGGCCAUUGCUUUUGCCCGAGCGAAAAGCGAUGGCCAUGGAACUCCUGGCCAUCACUUUUGCUCGACCGGGAAGCCUGCCCGGCCGGAAAGUGAUGGCUGAGGAGGCUGCUUUUGUCAUGCUCCUUCGCAGCCCUACUCCUACCUGCGACUUUAUCUGGUAACCAAAUGCGUGCGCGCGCGCGCGCAGAGCGCGCGCCGGCCCACGAAGCCGGCGCGCGCGCUCUGCGCGCUUGCGAUAUUGCUUAGCAAACGCAGCGCGAAGGCAGUUGCCGUUACCAUAUAGGGCAACCGCCGGGAGGCGUGAAGGUCAGGGAAAUGGCCAGAAAUGAAGCGGGAGAAGGGAAAAAAAGCGGACCAGAUGGGAAAAUGGCCAGGAGGUCAAAAAUGACGCAAAAACGGCAGAAACCAAGCGGGAGAAGGUGAAAAAAGAGCAUUUUUGCGGUCUGGCCCACUUAGUAUCUGAAAAAGAGGCGGACUAUUUUUUGCUCCGCCCGCUGGCCAGCUGCGUUGGAGCAGCAGGCCCGCGACCUGUUCGGAAGCCUUGGGCCGCUUCGUAACUGGGAAAAGUUGGAAAAAAAUGGCGAAAAAUUGCUUUAUAACGUGGGGGGAAGCAAUCGUCGGAUUUUGUGCAGAUCACCCGGGCCACUUGGAAAAUGAAAAAAGAUGAGAAAUUGCGCAAAAGCGCAAUCCUUCCGCAGGCUUCAAAGCUGCCAGUCAGAUGCGGGCGGUAAAAAUGUGCAGGUCGCUGGGGCCACUUGGAAAAUGAGAAAAGAUGAGAAAUUGCGCAAAAGCGCAAUCCCUCCGCAGGCUUGAAAACUGCCAGUCAGAUGCGGGCGGUAAAAAUGUGCAGGUCGCCCGGGCCACUUGGAAAAUGAAAAAAGAUGAAAAAUUGCGCAAAAGCGCAAUCCCUCCGCAGGCUUCAAAACUGCCAGUCAUCUGCGGGCGGUGAAAAUGUCCAGAGCCCUUCGGCCACCUAAGAACCAGAAAAAAGAGCGAAAAUUGAAAAAAAUCGAGAACCCUCGGCAGGCUUACAAACUGGCCGCCAAGGGCGGUCCGGCGGGCGCGCGCUUGCGCCGUACCAUCGCGAUUGGGAAAAAAAAAACGCACUACAAGCGCGCGGAGGCAUGUCCCAAAAUCCCGAUUUGGCCGGGGUUGUGAGCACCAAUUCGGGACCUCCGCCGCGUCUGAAAUGGCCGAUUUUGGUUGCCCGGAAGGGUUCGCGGGUUUUCGGCUUUCCGCAUACCUUCCUGGCCAGGCGGCCAGUUUGUCACGCAGGGGGCUAGAGAGGAUGCCCCGCUGCGAAAUAGCAGACCGGAUUUCGCCUUCAAUGCUUAUCGCAGGAGCCUGCGGGCCGCCGCGGGCGACAGUAGUUGUCCGCGGCCCUUUAGGGCCGCGGGGAAGUGGUGGAGCCCGCGGCGGCCCGCAGGCUCCUGCGAUAAGCUUUGAAUGCGAAUCCGGAAGCCCCCGAUGACCCAGAUACCUUCCUGGCCAGGGGGCCAGUUUCUCAUGCAGGGGGCUUGCAGAAGAAGGAGUGGGACUGUAAUCAAAAAUAAAUGUCAUGCUCCUUCGCAGCCCUACUCCUACCUGCGACUUUAUAUCUAUUCCCGCCAAGAACCCCAAAAAGGCUAAUUCUAAUAUUGGGCCUCCUUUGCCUGCUGCUGCUCCCCGCCGAUGCAGGCACUUCCACUUUGUGCUCUGUAUUUUGUGCAUGACAACUUUGUCAAUUUCGAACCUCACACUUCCAUACAGUUCCGCGCAUCAACGAGAUCGACACGAGCGCGCCCCACCAUCAACGUUGCGCGAGAAGUAGCGCAAGAAAUAGAGAAGCGAGCAGUGCUGCUCCGGACGAUCGACGCAAUACCGGGAAGAAAAAGGUUGCGCCGCCACGGUCUUCUGAUCCAGCGGUGCGGCGGGUAGCAGCCGGUGAAACACGGCCAGACGUCGCACGUGCGCCAGAUGUCCCACCUGGACUGGUUGCCGGACCUGGAGUACCCGCGAGCGACGAAGUUAAGUGCUACUUACAGCAGCCGCCUCCGCCGCCAGCAGCAGGACUAGAACUGCCAUUUUGGUACAAAGGCCAGGAAAUCAAAGACAUAGCAGACGUAGCGAAAUAUGUGCUCUAG